AUGGAUCCACAAUCCACAGAAAUCAUCCGCGAGUUCCCUCGCCUCUUCCGUCUCUACAAAGACGGCCGCGUCGAACGCUUUCUCGGCACAGAAACUACUCCAUGUGGCACCGACGAUUUAACCGCCGUUCAAUCCAAAGACAUCACCAUCAACACCGACACCGGCAUCGGAGCUCGUCUCUAUCUCCCACCAAACGCCACUCCCUCUCAAAAACUCCCUCUCCUCAUCUACAUCCACGGCGGCGCUUUCUGCAUCUGCACUCCCUUCAACCCUACCUACCACCAUCACCUCAACAGCGUCGCUGCACAAGCCAACGUCGUCGUUCUCUCCGUCCACUACAGACUAGCCCCAGAACACCCUGUUCCCGUUUGUUAUGAUGAUACCUGGGAAGCCAUUCAGUGGGUCUCGCAAUCUUCCGAGCCGUGGCUGAAAGACCACGCCGAUCUUGAUAUUGUUUUCCUCGCCGGAGACAGUGCUGGAGCAAACAUUGCACACAACAUGGCGACGCGUGGCUCAAACGAAGGCUUUCCAGGUUUGAAGCUUCGAGGGAUGGUUUUGGUUCAUCCUUACUUCGGAAACGAUGAGAAAGACGAGCUUAUAGAGUUUCUGUACCCGAGUUAUGGAGGAUUUGAUGAUCCUACAAUACAUCCGGCUAAAGACCCGAAGCUUUCGAGUCUUGGAUGUGGGAAACUGCUUGUGUUUGUGGGGGAGAAGGAUUUUCUGAUAGAAAGAGGACGGAGCUAUUAUGAGGCAGUGAAGAAGAGUGGGUGGAGUGGUUCUGUGGAGAUACUGGAGACAGAAGGUGAAGGACAUGUGUUUCAUUUGUUUGAGCCCAGAAAGGAGAAAUCACUGGCUCUUGUUAAACAAUUUGCGUCUUUUAUGACACAGGUUGAAAAAGAAGUACGAUCUUCUUCAUUAUAG